UACAGAACUAUGAUAGCAACUGGUGGUAUAACAGGCCUGGCAGCCUUGAAGAGACAAGACUCAGCUAGAUCUCAGCAUCAUGUCAAUCUUAGCCCAGCACCUGCUGACCAAGAAAAGAAACCUGUUAGACGCCGGCCUAGGGCUGAUGUCGUGGUUGUUCGGGGCAAAAUCCGACUUUAUUCUCCAUCUGGAUUUUUCCUUAUUUUAGGAGUGCUGAUCUCAAUUAUAGGAAUUGCAAUGGCGGUCCUUGGAUAUUGGCCCCAAAAAGAGCAUUUUAUAGAUGCUGAAACCAGGCUGUCAACCAAUCAAACCCAGGUGAUCAGAAACCAAGGCGGUAUCAUGGUUCGCUUCUUUGAACAGCAUUUACACUCUGAUAAGAUGAAGAUGCUUGGCCCCUUUACAAUGGGCAUAGGGAUUUUUAUUUUUAUAUGUGCUAAUGCAAUUCUACAUGAAAACCGUGACAAGGAAACCAAAAUCAUUCACAUGCGAGACAUCUACUCCACCGUCAUAGAUAUCCACACCCUAAGAAUAAAGGAGCAAAAGUUGAUGAAUGGUGUCUACACUGGCUUAAUGGGAGAGACUGAAGUAAAGCCGAAUGGUAACUCCUGUGCCUCAAGAUUAGCAGCAAAUACACUUGCCUCUUUCUCAGGUUUUAGGAGCAGUUUUCGAAUGGACAGCUCUGCUGAAGAAGACGAACUUAGACUCAGUGAGAGCAAGAGUGGUAGUCACCUCAUGCCCCCUUUGUUAUCUGACAGUCCUGUCUCUGUCUUUGGCCUCUAUCCACCCCAUACCAAGGCAGCAGAUGAUAAGAACAGUAGCAUUAAAAAAUGUGAAACCAAGUCCAUUGUGUCCUCAUCCAUCAGUGCUUUUACGUUGCCCGUGAUCAAACUCAAUAAUUGCGUUAUUGAUGAGCCUAGCAUAGACAACAUCACUGAGGACUCUGAGGCUAUCAAAUGCAGGUCUCGGAAUUUAUCCAUGGAUUCACUGGCUGUCCCUUUAACCAAUAUCAACGAACCCUACCAGCGAGCCAGUUUAGGGCUGCCACGGAAUGAUUCCACUGGGGAAUCUCUCUCAAACCAGUACAAAUCGUCAGUGGCUCUUGGACGUAGAACUGGACAGCUUUUGUCCCCCGGGGCUGCCAGGAAACAAUUUGGAUCCAACACAUCUCUGCAUCUGUUGUCUUCACACUCAAAAUCCUUAGACUUGGACCGGGGUCCCUCCACCUUAACUGUCCAGGCCGAACAACGAAAACACCCGAGUUGGCCCCGGUUGGAUCGGAGUAACAGCAAGGGGUACGUGAAGCUGGAGAACAAGGAGGACCCGAUGGAUAGGUUGCUUGUACCCCAAGCCUCAAUCAAAAAAGACUUUACAAAUAAGGAGAAGCUUCUUAUGAUCUCAAGAUCUCAUAAUAAUUUGAGUUUUGAACAUGAUGAAUUUUUGAGUAACAACUUAAAGAGAGGAACUUCAGAAACAAGAUUUUAAAUGUUAAUACACAAACACAUACACACACAGAAACCAUCUUUUACGAGGCAACUUAUUUUAAAACAAUUUUCACAGGUGUUUGUUAAAGCAAUGGGUACAAGCCUCUUUAAUCAAGUGGUUGUGGCAUAAUAGAACUGGCUACUUAUUUCUAUAGUGGAGACAGUUUUCUAACGAAGUGGCAUACAGCUGCAAUAUUGUAGUUUAUCAUCACUCGCAGUAUUUUUUUAUGCUCCUGUAUAAGCAUGAUCUCUUUGGUUACAGUGAGUCAGAGGCCUGCAUCCAAAGAGAAGAGCAUCUGCUUCAGGUUUCAUUUCUUCCCUUGAUUGCUACAUUCCCAGAAAGAUGCUUCAAGUCUGGAAAGAAAGGUCACGAAAGUCUGGGCUAGGAAUGCCAAAUCCAGGCCAAAGACUAAAUAUAUUUUUUAAUGUAUAUGCUGACUAUGUAACCUAAAGUUUUGUUUUCAAAAAACACAUGGGGUUGGGUGAUCUUAGGGGAAAAACAAAGCAGAUUAAAUAUAUAUUUUUUGUUUGUGUGUGAAUUCAUUGUAAUUGGUUGAGUCAGAUACCGGUAUUGUGAACUCUUCUCUAGGUUGUAUGUGAUAACCUUUCAACAUCAUGUAGUGUAGUGCCACAGCUCUGAAAUUUUCAUAGCUUUAUGAAGAAAAUCAAAACUUUAUCAGAUGACUGAAACUUUAGAAAAGGAAACCAUCAAAAUUAACCAGAAUAUGAAUGACCCAAAGUUUUUCAUUCAUAAGCUUUAUUAGGCACCUACUAUGAGUAAUGUGCUAGAAAUACAAAGAAAGAUAUGAAAAAAAGGUCUCUGCCCUCAAGGAGCUCAUAUUCUGUUGAAUGCAAUUCCAUCCCCAAAUAUCCAAAUCCAGAGAGUACAUAUUAAUUUCAUGUUAAUUGGAAAAAUGAAUGCUAAAUGAUACUGACUAGUAUCUGCUUCAUUCCUUCCUCACCUUAGAUUUUUGUCCCUUCUUUUCCCCUAACCUCUCCCUCUCCCCACCCCCCAACAACAAAAACAACAAUGACAAAAACAAUAUCAGCUCAACAUCAAUAACCUGAGGUCUUAAUAGUUUUAUAAAUUCCAACAUUUGGGAAAGUAAUCAACUAACCUCACCAUGCCUUUUCAUUUUGGUAUAUCUCUAGUCUGAUGAUUCAAGAACAUUAAAUUGCCUUGAAAAAUACCUUUUUGCAAGGAAGGAUUAUGAAAAUCCCCAAAGACUUUUUUUUUUGCAGUGCCAGUUUUUCAUGGUUGCAGUUUUAAGUUUUGUGCACAUAAAUACUAAAAUGUACGUGUUUAUCCAAAAGUGUUCCUGUUUUCCAGUAGUUCUUAAUAUUCUUACUAAACUGACGUACUCAGGAAUUCUUUUUAAUAGCUUUCCCUCCAAAUAACCAAACAUUUCAAAUCAUCAGCGUAUUGCAGUUGUGUUUAGAAAGCAGAAGACAGAAAUAUUUAUGUUUCCAGCUCCAUCUAAUCCAUAUUGUGAACUUCGCAUCCAGAGCUUGAUUUGCUCUAUGGAUUGAGGCCUAGUACUUAUACUUGUUAGAACCUUGAGCCUAUAUAUUGUAACAGAGUGGGCUAAAUAUUUUGGUAUGAAGCUUUUAAUAAACUUCUGGUUUGUGUUCUUAAUACAUUUGCUAUUUUUCUUUAAAUAAAAUAGAAUGUACAACUCU